AUGGCCGCGCCAAAGAGUCCAUACCCGGAGAUCCAGGGAGGAGGUUCGCUGAUCCUCGCAUGGCAGAUCAGGAACAAACGCGUCUUGGUCGUCGGCGGCGGAGAAGUCGCCGCCGGUCGCAUCGUGAAUGUCCUCAACGCCGACGCCAAAAUCACCCUCGUCUCCCCGCGCGAAGGCCUCAACGAGGAAGUCGCCUAUCGCAUCGAACAAAAACAAAUAGACUAUGUCGACCGCAAGUUCGAGCCAUCCGACCUCGACGGCGUCGACAUGGUCUUGACCGCAGUCGACGACCCGGAAGCCUCGUCGCAAAUAUACAAAUUGUGCAGGGAACGACGAAUAGCCGCCAACAUUGCAGAUGUCCCGCCAGAGUGCGACUUUUAUUUCGGCAGUGUCCACCGUGAUGGGCCCCUACAGAUCAUGGUCAGCACCAAUGGGAAUGGGCCGAAGCUGGCCAACAUUGUGAGGAGGCAGAUUGCCGCUGGUCUGCCCUAUAACAUAGGCGCAGCUGUGCAAAGAGUGGGCAUGUUACGAAAGAAGCUGCGCAAGGUGGCCCCCUUGAUCGAGGAAGGCCCAAAGCGCAUGCAAUGGAUGUCCAAAGUCUGCGAACAGUACACCCUCAACGACUUGUGUGCAUUGACAGAAGAAGACAUGGAGAUGCUGCUCGGCUUCUACAAGCCCAACCUGGUGCCUUCUCUGGAAUUGGUUCGGCUACAGGAACCAGACGGCGCAUAUGAUGGCCCGUUUCUGAUCUAG